GCGGUAAUACCCAUUAAUGUUCAAAGACUAACACACCGGCCAACAAAAUGUUUCGGAACCAAUAUGAUAACGAUGUUACGGUGUGGAGCCCCCAGGGCCGAAUCCAUCAAAUUGAAUAUGCCAUGGAAGCUGUAAAGCAGGGUUCAGCCACAGUUGCCUUGAAGUCUAAGACCCAUGCAGUACUAGUUGCCCUUAAGCGUGCUCCUUCAGAGUUAUCUGCUCAUCAGAAAAAGAUUCUUCCUGUAGAUGACCAUAUUGGUAUAUCUAUUGCUGGUUUAACAGCAGAUGCUAGGCUUUUAAGUAAGUUCAUGCGCAAGGAAUGCCUAAAUUCAAAGUAUUCAUAUAAUACAAGUCUACCUGUGUCAAGACUGGUUGGAGUUGUGGGUGAUAAAAUGCAAAUACCAACCCAGAGGUAUGGUCGGCGACCUUAUGGAGUGGGUCUUCUUGUAGCAGGAUAUGACGAGAUGGGUCCUCAUAUAUUCCAGACAUGUCCAUCAGCUAAUUACUUUGACUGUAAAGCAAUGGCAAUUGGUGCUCGCUCACAGUCUGCAAGAACAUACCUUGAAAAGCAUUUAGAGAACUUUCCUGAUUGUGAACCAGAAGAACUGAUUAAACAUGGCUUGUUAGCCUUGAGGGAAACACUGCCUUCAGAGCAAGAACUAACCACAAAGAAUUGUUCCAUUGGGUUGGUUGGUUUGAAUCAAACCUUUAUUGCCUAUGACGAUGAUGCUGUAGCACCAUUUUUGGCUGGUUUGGAUCAAUCCAAGAAAGCAAGAGGUGGUCAGGCCGAAGCUGAUGUUACUAUGGGUGCUGAUGAAGUGGGAGGAGAGGGUGAAACAAAAGGAGAAGCCAUGGAGUCUGAAGAAAGCUAAAAAACAGAAGAAUGUGUUGUCAUACCUCAGCUUGGAUUGUUGAAAAAUGUAUUCAAGCAAAUGCAGUUUGGUUAAAAUACAAAUGUUUGUCUUCAAGGCUAGUCUAUUGUACAUGUAGCAAUAGCUAUCCAGUUUGAUAUUUUACUUAUCAGGGCGUGCCAUGUAAAAAUAACCCCAAUAAAUGUCCACCUUACCAACAUA